AUGGCUUCGGAAACACUCAAACGGUCGAUCUCAGACCUCAUUGCUCGGUCACAGCCAUAUGUCAAACAGGCCAACACUCAGCUCCAAAAGACCCAACAUCACUGUUCGUCGGUACUAAAAACCGCUCAACAAGAUCUUCAUACACUCUCCCAAAAUCCUCAUUUCAGGGAAAUUCUCUACGCUUUGACCCUUUUGGCCUUCAUCACCAUUGCUUUUUCACGAUAUCUUUCUCGACGCCACCAACAAGCCGCCAGCACAAGACCCUCAACACCAACGAUUGAAAAAGCUUCCUCCACAAAACCCACGACUCCAGCGCGCAAACCAGGAACAUGGACGCCAUCGUCCUUCAAACGACCCACCCCACCGGCAUACGAUAACUGGUCCAUCGAGACCACCAAACCACUCCCUUACCGUCCAUUCCGCUACGGCCCCAAGUACUUCGUAACAAUGGGCCUACGACAGGUGAAAUUUGAUGACUGGAUCGAGCUGGACAACCACUACCCGCGCUACCACAGUGAUAAAUCUCGACGGAUCCUCGAACGCGGUAGUAAAUGCUGCAAGACGGCGCCCGAAGCAUACCCUGCAGCACUGGAGCUGUUAGAAGAGCUCCGCGAAUACCUCGCGGACCGGUACCCAACUCUGUACCAACGCACCGAGACCGGGCUUAAGAACCUCUGGUCGGGCGAGGACAUCGACACCACAUCACGCCCACUGCCAGAAGACCCCAUGCAAACAUGCGCGCGCCUCGUGCAAGACGACCUCGCCAUCAUGAUUGAACGGCUUGAUGGCCAAUACUACCUGCUCGCCGGCGCGAUAUUGCUCCCUGGAUUCUGGCGCCUCGAGGACAAAUUCGGCAUGCCCUUGUCCGAAAUCCACACGAGCGGCGACGUGCCACAAUUCCGCGAAAAACUCGAAAAAGGCAUGAUGAACUUCUUCCGCCGCCUGAAACCCGAAGAACUCGUCGCGCGCAAUAAUUACUUUCUGCAGGUGGAUGACGACCUCGCGUGGUCGUAUAGUAUUGGGCCGGAAGACUCGGACGGCAUCAGCUGGAACACGGCGGAGAAGAACCGUGCCAUCGAACAUCAUUAUUUCCGAAGCGAAAGGCAGACGCUACGCCGCCUCCCACGGUCUGGCGGCGUCGUGUUUACUAUCCGUACAUACUUCCACCCGAUCACUGAGAUUGCGGAGGAAGAUUAUGUUCCCGGACGUCUGGCCAGUGCGGUGCGUAGUUGGGGUGACGAUGUCAGUCGGUAUAAAGGGAAAGAAAAGUAUCAGGAUGUUUUGCUUGAAUUUCUGGACCGGAAGCACAAAGAACAGUUGGACAGGGGAUUAAAGUUGGAAGAGGAGGAUGGGAGGAGGAGUUAUCCUUGGUAA